CAGGCAUCCCGGCGACAAAUGUCUCUUUCCAAUAUCGAAUUCCAAGGGGCAGAGGAUAUAGAAAGACAACGGAAAGCAUACACUGUUCGAAGGCUCACCGGGCGUUUUCGCAUCCUUAUCAUUGGCCGCGCCAAUGCGGGGAAGACAACCAUCCUCCAGCGUGUUUGCAAUACAACAGAAAAGCCGAAAAUUUUCAAUCGGGAGGGCCAUGAGAUUGACUUGUCUGAGCUCAAUCCAACUGCACAAAGAGGGGAGCAUGACAUUGAGAAUGAAAUGAUAUUUGAGAGUAAUACGGCAUUUGUCUUUCAUGACUCAUGUGGCUUUGAAGCAGGCAGAACAUCUGAGCUGGAUAAAGUCAAGGACUUUGUGCAAAAAUGUUCAACCAACAAAAACCUCAGGAAUCAUCUGCAUGUGAUUUGGUACUGCAUCCCAAUCAAUGAUGAAGCCAGACCAAUUACAAGGGCAGAGUUAAAUUUCUUUGCUGAGUGUGGGACUGGUAGAGUUCCUGUUAUUGUCUUGUUUACAAAAGCAGAUAUGCUUGAUGCCCAAACAAUGGAACACCUGGUUAAUGCUGGAAUGAAUGUUGAAGAUGCUGCAAUGAAAGCCCCAGAGGAAUCAGUUACCAGGUUUCAAAAGAAGUUUGGUCAGCAACUCUACAAGAAAAAGUAUCCCCCCAAGGGACAUGUGUAUUUUCGAGACAUGCAAAAUCCCACAAGUGACUGCAGUGAACUGCUGAGGAAGACAGCAGGUACUCUCUCAGAUGAUACAAUCUUGCAGCUGUUUCUUACAGUGCAGAAAAAUAAUCUGUCUCUAUCAAUUGAAUAUGCAAUUAUAAGAGUUAUAUUUCCAGAUUGGAAAUUAUUCAAAAGAAAGAGAGAGUGGAGGGAGAUGGUUGAGAAUAUAUUGUAUUAUUUUCCACAUAUGAAUGUAAGCCAAUGUCCAGCUGGUCUGAACUAG